UUACCUAUAAUAAUGUAACAAUCAACCUAUUUUUACUUGACAGAUUACACACACUCAGAGAGAGAGAGAAACAAAAUUAUUUAUACAUAGAGGUAUAUUGUUAAUAAUUGUGAUAUGCUGUGCAAUAAUAAUAUUGACAAGGACUUGGUGCCUAUUAAAGCACAUUAUUUUUUAUAUUCAGCAGGUACUGGACCACUUGUUGUAUUUCUUCCAUUGAUUGCAAAACAAUUGGGAUUUUCUGGUAUACUUGUUGGAGGAAUAUAUUUUAUAUUACCAAUAUCGGGUCUUGUUGCCAAGCCAUUAUUUGGUAUAUUGGCUGAUCGUUUUAAACUACAUAAAAUACUAUUUAUUGUUUUUCAAGCAAUUUUGUCUGUUGCAUUUUUGUCAUUUUAUUUUAUACCUGAAAUACCAAUAAUACCAAAUGUCAAUACAACACUCAGUUGCAAUGAUUAUGAAUUGUUUAUCAAAGUAUGUCCACCAAAUGGUGAAUAUUUAAAAGAAACAACAACACAUGAUGAUCAUGAUGAUGAUUAUAAUAAAAUUGGUCAAUUGCAAUUAUCAUGUGAUGGCUCAUCAAAAAUUAAUAAUGAAUUGUGUAAUGGUUGGAAAGAAAAUGAGUAUUGUUCACAUGUAAAUGAAACUAAAAAUUUAUCAUCAUCAUCAUCAUCAACAUCAUCGUUUAAUUUUAUUGGAAAAUUCAACAUGUCUAAAAAUUUACUGGUGAAAAAAUGCUUGGCAAUUAAAUUGGAUAAUAUUUUCAUGUCAACUAAAAAAAUAAAUAAUGAAAUCAAUUGGAAAAUUCCCAAAUGCAAUACAUUUAUCGAGACAAUGUGCAAUGCAAGCUUGACAAAUGUAACAACUAUCAAACAAAUGCUUAUUGCAUCAAAUAAUAAUAACAAUAAUGAUGCUAUUAAUUAUCAAUUUUAUUUAUUUUUGUGGGCAGCAUUAAUCAGCUGGAUUGGAAUGGCAGUUGUUGUUGUGAUUGCUGAUGCAAUUUGUUUAGAUAUACUUGGUGAAAAUAAAAGAGAUUGUUAUGGAAAUCAAAAAUUAUGGAGUUCAAUUGGUUUUGGAGUAUUUGGUAUUGUUUCUGGUUUCUUAGUUGAUUUACUAAGUAAUGAUUCAUAUCACAAAGAUUAUUCAUGUAUUUUUUAUGGCAUGUUGAUUACAAUGAUAUUGGAUAUGAUUGUAUCAACAAGACUCAACAAGAAAUCAAAUGAUCCAACUGUUACAAAUGAUCCUUCUAUUUUAUGGGAAUUUGGUUCAAUUAUAAAAGAGACACGUAUUAUUGUAUUUGGAUUUUGGUGUAUUGGUGCUGGUAUGUGUACUGGUGUUGUUUGGAAUUUUUUACUUUGGCAUACUACAAAUCUUAUGUUAAAUGAUUUAACUUGGAUAACUACAUUAUUAAGUUUAAUGACUGGAAUUCAAUGUUUUAUUGGUGAAGUACCAUUUAAUUUUUAUUCUGGUAUUUUAUUGAAAAAACUUGGUCACAUGAAUUGUAUGAGUCUUAUACUUUUGGUUUAUGCGAUAAGAUUUAUGGCAUACAGUUUAAUUGAAAAUGCUUGGAUAUAUUUAAUUAUUGAAAUUCUUCAUGGUCCAACAACUGGUUUAACUUGGCCAGUUAUGGUUAUGUAUGGUGAUAAAAUUGCACCACCUGGUAUACGUGCUACAAUGCAAGGUUUUAUUGGUGCAAUAUUUGAAGGAGUUGGUGUUGCAACAGGUAGUUUAAUUGGUGGUUUUUUAAUGGAAAAUUAUGGUGGUAUUAUAUUAUUUAAAGUAUUUUCAAUUGGUGCACUUGUGUGGCUAAGUAUUUAUUGGAUGCUACAAUUACUUUUACGUCAAAUGAAAUCAUAUCCCCUUCAACAGGGUCACAGUCACUUGGCAAGCUAUGCCACACCAAGUGAUGCUAUUAUCAUGUCAAUGAGUCAAGAACUUGAAACUUAUUAGUAUUAUUAUUAUUAUUAUUAUUAUUAUUUUAGUUAAUUUUUUUAAUAUCAAUUAUCCAAAGAUGAACAAAUUCAUUGUACAGUCAACGCAAAUUACAAUAAAAUAUUAUUUUUAUUAUUCCAGAUAGGUGCAUGUAUUGUUUUUUUUAUUUUUUAAUUGGAUAGUAAAUCAAAUAAAUUAAAUAAAUAUAAAUCUUUAUUAUUUUCAUUAAUUAUAAUAUGUAAAAAAUAUACUUUGGGGAGAGAUUAUUAUUAUUAUUAUUAUUAUAAACACUCAUAUUAUAUGUAAAUACAAAAGCAGUAUCUAUUAAAUCUAAGGAAUAAUAUUCAAAACCAACAUCAUCAUAUUAAAUUAUAAAAAAAAUAUUCUAUCUUUUGUUGAUAAUUACUCUCUUUAUCAUUAUUAUUAUUAUUAUUAUUAUCAGUACUAAUACUGUAUUAUAUCAUUAAAUUUUUGACUUUCUUGUUUAUCAUUAUAUCCUUUCUAAAAAA